ACACAAAGUAUAACGACAUUUGUGUCCAAAGAUUCUCUACACAAGAUCCAUUGCUUCCUCCGUAGUUCAGUCUUCAAAAUCCCACAUAGAUUAAGCAGACAUACAUACGUACAAGUGAGUUGAAAGGGCACAAGUCCCCUUGAAAUGCGGAGCUUAAACUCGGUUCCCUUACUCACUGUGCCCCCAUCAUCUUCCUCAAAAUCCUCUCUUUCCCUUCUUUCAAUCAAACAGCCCCAACCCUUUUCCCCUCCUCCCCCCAGGCUUUCUCAUCACUCAUCACUUCCCAGAUUAGGAGCAUGUAGAGCUACUCAAGUUGCCGAUCUGUUCCCGGCCGUGUCUCCUGAGGUUGUUGUCCGGGAGGCACGGUUAGAGGACUGUUGGGAAGUGGCUGAAACUCACUGCAGCUCGUUCUUUCCCGGAUAUUCCUUCCCAUUGGAUUUCGUGCUACGAGUUAAUAGACUGGUGGGAAUGCUUAUGGGAUUCUCGAUUCCUUCUGGUUGCAGGAGAACUUGUUUGGUCGCCGUCAUCGGUGGUUCGGUUGACGGCAUGUUCUUAAUUGGAGCCGAAGGUUUCAAAGUCGGAGGUUUCGAUGGGAGAUUUAGUCUUAAUAAAGGUUAUGUGACUGGUAUAUUAACCAUCGAUACCGUUGCUGAUUUUCUUCCUAGAAAAGGACCACUUCGACAGAGAAGGACCGAAAUUUACGUGUAUCAAAAAUUCACACCUCGAACCUAG